CGCCUCCCGCCCCCUGCAUUGCUGCUGCUGCUGCUGGCCGACAUGGACGUGGUGAAUCAGCUGGUGGCCGGGGGUCAGUUCCGGGUAGUCAAGGAGCCCCUUGGUUUCGUGAAGGUGCUGCAAUGGGUCUUUGCCAUCUUCGCCUUUGCCACAUGCGGCAGUUACAGCGGGGAGCUUCGGCUGAGUGUGGACUGUGUCAACAAGACUGAAAGUGACCUCAGCAUCGAGGUCAAGUUCGAGUACCCCUUCAGGCUGCACCAAGUGUACUUUGACGCCCCCACCUGCCAAGGAAGCAAUACUAAGAUCUUUUUGGUGGGGGACUACUCCUCUUCAGCUGAAUUCUUUGUCACGGUGGCUGUGUUUGCCUUCCUCUACUCCAUGGGGGCUCUGGCCACCUACAUCUUCCUGCAGAACAAGUACCGAGAGAACAACAAAGGGCCCAUGCUGGACUUUCUGGCCACGGCAGUGUUCGCCUUCAUGUGGCUGGUUAGCUCAUCGGCGUGGGCCAAGGGACUGUCAGAUGUGAAGAUGGCCACAGACCCAGAGAACAUUAUCAAAGAGAUGACUGUCUGCCGCCAGGCGGGGAACACAUGCAAGGAGCUAAGAGACCCUGUGACCUCUGGCCUCAACACCUCAGUGGUGUUCGGCUUCUUGAACCUCGUGCUCUGGGUCGGCAACCUGUGGUUCGUGUUCAAGGAGACAGGUUGGGCCGCCCCGUUCCUGCGUGCACCCCCCGGCGCCCCCGAGAAGCAGCCGGCGCCCGGAGACGCCUACGGGGAGGCCGGCUACGGGCAGGGCCCCGGCGGCUACGGGCCCCAGGAUUCCUACGGGCCCCAAGGUGGCUACCAGCCCGAUUACGGGCAGCCCGCUAGCGGCGGCGGCGGCUACGGGCCCCAGGCUGACUACGGGCAGCAAGGCUACGGCCCACAGGGGGCGCCCACCUCCUUCUCCAAUCAGAUGUAACCUGGUCAAUACAGCCCAGGAGGACCCUAUGGGUGGGCAAGAGCCCAGGAGAAGGCCUGCUCCCCUCCCUAUCCCACCCCCAGGUCUCCACCCCUCAAAUUAGGAGACCUUGUCUUUGCUGUUUAUAUAUAUAUGUAUACAUACAUAUAUAUAUGUGUGUGUGUGUGUGUGUAUAUACAUAUAUCUCUGUCUGAGGCCUGCCCUCACUCCUCUUCUCCCCAUGCAUUAGGGGCCUAGCCUUGAGUAGGCCCCUCUCUCAAUACUGUCCCUUCCUCUGCAUCCCUCAACCCCUCUCUGCUCCCCAGCCCUGUCCCCUGAGGUUGGAGGGCUCUGGAAGGGGACAGACCUUGGCUGUGUGGGGAGGGCGGAUGUGACUUCAGACUCUCUCCUCUUUCUCCCUCCCCUUCUCCCAACUCUGGCCUUCAUUCUUCCAGCAAUGCCUGAACAGGGGCCAUUAGGGGACAUUUCAAUCCUGAGUGUGGGAGAAAGGCAGAGACUGGGUGGGGGCUCGGGGUGGCAAGGACAGCUUGGGACCCAAGGGUAGUCUUAAAUGAAAGCUCUGGAAGGGAGCAGACAUUUGGGUUCCAGACAUACUGGAGUCUGAAGAUGGGGACACUUAGCAGCAGGGCUUGGAAAGAAGCUGAAAGCAUAGUUUGAGUAGGGAUGGGGCUUUGGAGUAGGACCUGGCUCUCUGGAAAGGGUGUGACAUGGCAGAUGGGAGCAUGGUUUGGAAGAAGUCAGAAUUAUUCUAGAGGAAGUGGAGCUUGAACCAGCAGGAAGGGAAGCUCCAGAAUAGAGACGGCUUAGAUUCAGACCAGAGUCUAUGGAAGGAGUGUGCCUUGAAAACUACAGCAGACUGAGCUUGGUUCAGUUCUUGAAUGCAGUUCUUGAAAAACGCAAGUUGAUUUCAGGAUGGGGCCACACACUUGGGGUGAGGCCACGACCAUGGCCUAGAUGAACAGAAGCUUAGAGCGGGGCAACGAUGUUAGUUUCAGAAGGGGCAGACAGCCCACCACCUCCCAAUAGAGCAACAAAAAGCCAGUGGGCUUGCGCAGUAGGAGAAAGAGUGCUUGUUCCGGGGUGCAGGUUGUGUUUUGUGGGGUGUGGGCAGCAGGGAUGUCCCUAGUCAAGACUAGGGGGUAAUCCCCUGGGCAAGUCUGCAAACAGGAGUAGCUUAAGAAGGGCUGUCAGGUAUGGGUUGGAGGAUGAGGGGUAGAGUCUAGAAAGAAGCACCCCUACAUCCUUGCCCAUCUUCAUGCCAGGACAACUAGGAUAUCAGAGGACAGAGCCAACAGGUCUGUGGGGCCCACCAACCCCGGUCCCUUCCUCCCUCCCCAAUUUCCUCCCUCCCAUCCCACCCCUGGGGUGGUUGGAAGCCGGGUCUGGAGCCCCAUCCUGCACCCUCUGCUGUUCUGUGAUGUCGGUAGUGCCUGUGAUCGUGCGUUGCCAUUUUGUCCGGCUGUGGCCCUCCCCUCCUCCAGACCCCCCCGCUCCCCCUGACCCCCUUAGGUAUUGUUUGAAGACCCCCCCUCCCCAAGGAAGAACAAAUAUGAUGAAUUCUCCUCCCCUGAAUAAACUCAACCACCUAGUCAGCCCCGCUC